GAUACUUCAAGAAACUGAGAAAGCAGAACUUCCGCCUUCAUUAAAAGUAAAUCAAAGUUUAGCUUUUAGGUUGGAAUAUUUUAAUGCUGGGACAAAUGUAUGGAUCCACUACGUGGUGAAAUUAAACAUUUAUUUACAUGCAAGUAUGCAACCAACCGUCAUUAAGUUAACGGAAUAUAUUGAUGAUAAACGAUACCCAGAACUUUAG